CCACCAUCCACAUCGCCCUGACCUAGGCUGCAGCGUGUCUUCACCAGACGUUGUUGUAUUUGUGUUUUUUGAUCGAGAUUAGUCAAGACCGGCGACACCAGCCACACGAGCACCACCAACCGAGAUCCCUCAAUUCCUCCGCAGUUUGUCGCUCGUCGUGGAAAUACUGACCACUCCCUAUCGCUGCUGCGUUUGAACGACAUAACAUGCAGUAUCGGUCCCGCUGAGACCAUCGCCAUACGCCUCUCUCCGCCCCUCCCCUCACCUUGCGAUGCCUUCGGAUCCUGCCGCUAACCUCAGCGCCCUGCUGCGCGCGGCCUCCAUCGAAGACCACGAAGAAGUCCUCAAAGCCGCCAACGCCACUUUGAAGGUUUCUUCCGCGGACCUUGUCGCUCAACAGACCCGAGUCGUCGCCCUCCUCAAGCUCGAUCGUUUCGACGACGCCCUACGCGCCAUCGCCGACGGCGGCAGCAAGCUUGAGGACGCCGCCUUGUUGGAGAAGGCUUACGCUCUAUACAAGACGGGAAAGCUGCAAGACGCCCACGAGCUCGCCAACUCCAGGCCCCAGCGGAGUUAUCGUCACCUCGUAGCUCAGGUUGCCUAUCGAGCCGAGGAUUUCAAGGAUGCGCUCGAAGCCUAUACCAAUCUCCUGGAAGACCCCCAGGAUGAGGCAAGCGACCUGAAAAUCAACCAGCUGGCGUCCGCAGCUCAGUUGGAAUGGAAGUCCUCCGCCAACCUCGACGGCGAUGACACGCCUAUACCUACUGCCGAGGACGCCGACACUUUCGAGCUCGCGUACAACAUUGCUUGCGGUACAAUCGCGCGCGGCGAGCUGUCCAAGGCGUCAAACCUUCUCCAAAGGGCUCUGCGUCUCUGCGAAGAAUCCGAAGAGCUGUCAGAGGACGACAAGAGCGCUGAGAUGAUUCCCAUCAUGGUCCAGCAGGUUUACGUCUACUCGAGGUUAGGGAAGGCCGGCGAGGCUCUUGAAAUCCAGGAGCGUCUGUCUAUCUCCGAUGAAUGGGACGCUGAGUCUAGGUUGAUUGCGCUGAACAACAAGUCGGCUCUCGCGACUGAUGCUGAGAACGCCUACUUGGCCCAACGCAAAGUCGACGCGGCAGCGGUGCUGAGCAAGCAGGCCAAACUGUUCAGGUACCAAGACAGCCAGCUGAAGCGGAACGAGUACAUCCUUGGUCUGCAUUCUCAAAAGUUCGACGGUGUCUACGAGAACACAUCCCGAUCACUUGACGAUGCUGCGCCCACUGUAUCUGUUGACACCAACAGCCUCUCAGCCAUCAAUGCAACAGCUUACGCCCUGCGUCAUUCCAAGACGGUCGAUUUCAAGGGCGUUCUUCCUUUGGUCGAGAGGCGUCCCACGGAUGUCGGCCUCCUGCUCACCAUAGUCCAACUCUACCUCAUGGCAAAUAACACCGGCGCCGCCCUAUCGGUUCUCGAAUCCUUCCUGCAGAAUCUGGAGAAGCAGGGCACGUCAGAAGUACGCUUCUCUCCUGGUUUGGUUGCCUUGGCCGUCUCUCUCUACAGGCAACAGGGCCGUCACAGCAGUAUCCGGUCCGAAUUAGCAAAAGCCUCAUCCUUCUGGGAGAAGCGAGACGGCCGUCAUGUCGACUCGCUUUUGCUUGGCGCCGGCUCCGAGCUUCUCAAGUCAUCGGAUCCCAAUGACAUUGCGGCCGCCGGUGCCGCCUUCGAGAAGCUCUGCCAGAAACCCAGCGCGAACCAUGUCGCCGCCGCCGGCCUUGUGGCGUCUUUCGCCACCUCAGACAGAGCCAAGGUCACGUUGUAUUUCAAAGACCUGCCCCCUGUCGACGACCUCCUCGUCGGCAUUGACGUUGACCAGCUCAUCGGCGACGGCGUUGUUACCCACUCGAAGGCGGUUAGCCAGUCCAAGAAGCGCCGCCUUGAUGCGCAGCCGACUGAGACGAUCAACAAGAAAAAGCGAAGAAGAAAGCUGCCCAAGGACUACGUCGAGGGCAAGAAAAUGGACCCCGAGAGGUGGCUUCCCCUGCGUGACCGAUCCUCGUACCGGCCUAAGGGCAAGAAGGGCAAGAAGAAGGCCAACGAAGCCACGCAGGGCGGCUUUGUCAAGGAGGAGGAGACGUUGGAGUUGGCGGGCGGCGCGGGAUCUGUCAAGGUCGAAAAGGCACCAACCUCGUCGUCCAAGAAGAAGAAGAAGGGCAAGAAAUGAAGGGGUGCAAUGGCCAGACGUCAGUCUCUACUCACUCGCCUCCAUUUCCCUAUUCGUAGACGCGAUCGGCUAUACUUUGUGGUAUGCAAGAUGCCAAAGAUACAAAGUCACUCGGCCACGCUUCUCAUGUCAAAAAUCUUGCUGGGUACCGAGCACAUGAGGAGGUGAGGGUAUUGUACAAAAGGUCUCGCUGAAAAAACAAGUAUGGACCGCUUUGCACUCAAGACUGCACCGCUGGCCGUGAAUCGACCAGGUCGUCCGAUCUCUCUUUCAGUUGGCCCUGGUCGCCACCACAAUGCUAUGCCCAAAGUCCAGUGUCCUUUUCCCCGCUUAGCCAUGAUUCCACAAAUAUAUGUACACACAUCCGCCAUUAUAAAUCGACCACACUUCCAUUUUGGUGUGAUUGCUCUCAACAGUAAAACAAGAUGUAGUAAAAGUGUGACAGGGAGAUGAAAGUCCCCAUACGCACACGCUGAUGGUGUAGUAAUGAUCUGUCCAUGUUUGCUCUCACAUUCCUCUUUAAAACUCGCUCUGCAUUCAAGUCCGGACGAUGUGGUGUUCAUGCUUCUAAUCCAUCUAACCCACCGUUUAAUGUCGCUCCC